AUGGCCUUCCCCCUCAACCGUCGUGGGUGCUUCGUGUGCGGCCGUCCCGGCCACCUGGCGGCAGCCUGCACGUCGACCGAGCGCCUGUGCUUCAACUGCGGCGUGAGUCGCCCGGUUCCAAAGCGCGCGCGCGCGCGCGGUCCUGUCGUGACCGAGAACAAGCAGUGCUACUCGUGCGGCGGCAUGGGUCACGUCGUCGCCGAGUGCCCGAGCAUCCGCGUCGGGUGCUACAACUGCCAGCAGUUUGGCCACCUUGCUCGGUCGUGCCCGAACCCGUCGACCGCUGUCGCCGUCGCCCCGGCGGUUGACGGCGUCGGCGCCGUCGACGGCUCGAUCGCGCCCGUCCCGGUCGCGGCGGUCGUCCCCCCUGUCGCCGCCAUCCCUCGUGCGGUCCCGAUGGCGGCCCGCGUCGGCGGCUUUGCGCCCCGCGGCGGCUUCAUGGGCGGUCGCGGUGGCUUCAUGGGCGGUCGUCCCGGUGCGUUCCCUCUCAACACCCGUCGCUCUCGCUCGACUUUGCGCGCGCACCGACUGACACGUUCGCCCCCACAGGUCGCUGCUACGGCUGCGGCGGUCACGGCCACCAGGCCCGCAACUGCCCGACUGCGGCCAACUUUGGCGCCGUCGCCUUUGGCGUGCCGCGCCCGCCCAAGACGUGCUACAAGGUGCGCCCGACCCUUUCCGUCUCCCUUUUCGCAGUUCCUCGAGUACUGA